GCGCCCGCGAGAUAAAGCUGGCUGAUUUAUCUAUCAUUCAAUUUUAUUGUGCGUUGUAAACUGAUACACUAAUAUAGGAUCAUUGCGCCCGCGCCGCCCGGAAAGAUUGCAGUCGGCAUUGUUUCGGAAUGGUGUCGCCUUUUGUAAGACAGGUAUGGACGGUGUCGGGGGUGCUGCUGAACAUGUGCGGACAGGGCAUGCUGCUCAGCUACUCCGCCGUGCUGCUGCCGGCGCUCGCGGCGCACGACGCACAGAUCCAGACCGACUUGGACACUAACGCCUGGAUAUCCUCAUCGGUGGGUGUCGCUGGAAUUCCCGGGUUUAUCCUGUCCUCAUACCUGAUGUCCCGGUGGGGUCGGCGGAUAGCCCACGCGCUCGUGAUCCUCCCCGGAGUCCUCGGGUGGACCCUCAUCUCCUUUGCCAACAACGUCUCUCUUCUACUCAUAGGUAGAAUCCUCGGCGGCGUCACCGCCGGGGCUACCGUGGGACUCGGAGCUGUGGUCAUCGGAGAAUUCACCGACCCAGAAAAUAGAGGAAUGUUCUUGAACCUCAAAACUGCUGCAGUUUGUUUGGGAAGCACAGUUGUACACAUUCUCGGACAUUUUUUAAAUUGGAGACUGAUAGCUUUGAUAGCUUUAGUACCUCACAUAGGAGCUCUAGGCAUCGUCUGUACGUGGCCUGAAAGUCCAGCGUGGUUAGCCUCGCGGAGUCUGUUUCAGAGAGCACAGAAAUCCUUCAUCUGGCUCAGGGGCGAUGGAGAGAAAGCGAUGAAUGAGCUAGAAGAGUUGAUCCGCGCCCAGAAAAUGAACUUGGCCCAGCCUACGACAAAUAACUCGUUCGAAGACAAUAUGAAAGAAUUUGUUAAAAAGUUCUUAAAAAAAGACUUUCUGAAACCCCUUCUUAUAGUUAUUGUGGCAAUGAUGUUAUUAGAAACUUCUGGAAGGCAUAUUUUUCCAGCAUAUGCUAUCCAAAUUAUUGGAACAAUCGUAGGCAACAAAACACAGUCAUUUUACUACGUUUUAGCCAUAGAUCUAAUAACAACAAUAAGCGCUACCUUUUCUUCAGUCUUAGUAAAACUUAUGAAAAGACGCACUCUUCUGUUUUCGACAGGUUAUAGUUCAGUAGUAGUUUUACUGUGUUUAUGUGGUAUCCUGUUUUUGCAAUCAAAGGGCUUUAUAUCAGCAAACUACUCAUGGAUUCCCAUAGGUUUGUUUGUUAUAUACUUUAUAUUAGCUAAUUUAGGAUGUGCUCCGAUACCGUUAGCUUUAUUAGGAGAAGUUUUUCCAAUGGCCCAUAGGAGUACAGGUUCUUGCUUGGCUGGUAUCAUAAUGUCGGUGAAUGUGAACCUGGGUCUGCUGCUGACCCCCUACAUGUUGGUGGGCCUCGACGUCUACGGAACAUUUGCUGUAUUUGCUUUAAUAAGUGCUGCAUUUUUGCUAAUUUUGUACUUUGUUUUACCGGAGACAAAGGACAGGACGUUACAGGAAAUUGAAGAUUACUUCAACUUGGGCAAAUUCAAAGAUGACGAGAAAGUAAUAGGCGAUCAUGAAGGCGUUAAAGUUAAAAUGUUAGCUUAAAUUUUGAAUAUUCAGUCAAGAAACUUGCGGGAGCUACGUCAAGAUACUUUAUAUUAAGGUACCUACAUGUAUAGAUUGUACAUAUACUACUACAUACUACUCUUUUCUUUGUCUCUUCAUAGCAAGUAAGUUUUAUGAUUAGUCUGUGACUUUAGUCUAAGAAUAAUAAAGUCAUAAAGUUUA